AUGUCGUUUGAUCCCUUCAGAGCGCCAACUCCGACGCCACUAGAUAUCUUUCGCAACAAGCCCGGCCCCUCGUUGCGCUCCUUGAUCGGACAGCCCCUCACAAUAACUCUCACAGACGGCCGGAUUCUGAUCGGCUAUUUUACCUGUGUCGACAAGCAGUGCAACAUCAUUCUGUCCAAUGCUGAGGAGUUUCGUCCAGCGCCAGCCUCUCUUCAAGCCAAAGAGCUUGCCGCCGCGGAAGGACUGCCAAUGGUAGGCGAACUCGCCGAAGAGACAAAAGAAGAGAAAGUAUGGAGGAACAGAGAGCAGUACUGGCCCAAGAGCGAGCCUUUCGGGGGCUAUGGGACUGGAUGGGGCGGCAGGGGGCUUGCCAUGGUGUGUAUGAAGAAGGAGGACGUGGUCAAGGUGGAGAUAGAGAAGGAGGCUUGGAAAUGGAUGGGUGGGCAGUGA